AGUCAUGAAAGUCCUACAGAGGAAGGCUUGUUUAUUUUACUUUAGCUUUGUCAAAGAUUGGCAAAUAUGCUGAGCAUUUCUAAGUUAUGGCAUAGGUGUCACUUCCUUAGUUUCUCAAGAUAGUUAAUUGAGGUUUGUUUUGUAUCUGCCUGCAGCAGACCUUUUACUUCGUGCUUCGACAACACUUGUUAAUGAUUAAACCUGGAAUAUGGACAUUGGUUGCAGACCCAAGCCUUAUCUUUUUAUGAGAUAAAAAGUUAGCAUGAACAGAGUCAUGCUGAGUACAGCAACCAAAAACAGCAGGAAAUAUUUUCUUUUGGACUUUCCCAAAGAACUGUAAAGAGAAACCAAGCAGCUAACAAUUGUUUCCCCAGUAUUUGGUUAUGGAGUUGUUCACAUGGAAGAACCAAGAAAGAACAGAUUUGCUUGCCUGUAAGGACCACGAGGGCACUUCUUAAGACUUUUUCAUUAUCUUCAAGUAAAAAGAUUCAAAGGAAGAGCAUGCUAAAUGGGUAGACUCCAGGAAAGGAUUUGGGUGCUUUCAAGUCUCUUAACCUUUCUAACAGAUCCUGGAUUUGGCUAUUCCAUCAUACAAGGCCCCCAUAAUCUAACCAUUCUAGCUGGUUCAGUGGCCCGAUUUAAUUGUACAGUAUCAGAGGGAUGGUCAGUUUUGAUAUGGCUUCAUAAUGAAUGGCCUCAGCUGACUGUAGAAAAUUCUGGAAAAGUCCUUAACCAAGAUAAGAGAUACAGUCAGCAAAAUUAUACCAGUGGCACUGAAUUUACCUCAGAGUUGAUGAUCUAUGAUGUCCAGCCAAAAGAUUCUGGAAGAAUAGCAUGCAGCCUUCUGGGUAACAACUAUGAAUAUGCAUUUCUUUCUGUUCAAGUUAAUGGAUCUUUGAAUAUCAAAAAUAGCGACUUGACAGUGAGAAAGAACCAAUCCAUUGCAAUAGUUUGUGAAGCUCUUGGCUGGGCUCCAGCUCCACGCAUUGCCUGGAUGGUAAAUAAUAUUUCAGUAGAGAAUUCACGGUACAGUACUAGCCAGAGUCAAGGACUGAAUGAUUUGUACAAUGAAGAGAGCAUCUUAACUCUGACUCCAGUGAGCAACAGCACAGUGACUUGCUUAGCAACCAUUGAUGCACUGUCUAAACCUCAGAAUGCAACUGUGACUCUUGUACUGCAUGAACCUUCAACAAUAGAAUCUAAUGACAGCUGGCGAACCCGAACAAUAAUAUUAGCAGUUGUGUUACCAAUUGUUGGCUUACUGCUUCUGAUCCUUAUUAUUCUGCUCAUUAUAUGCUGCUGCAAAAAAAGGAAAGAGUCCAACUAUGAAAAGGAAAUGAGAAAGGUUCCAGAGAAGAAAGUCAAUGACAGACAUUUGGAGAUAAUGAGAGAAAGUGGAAUAGAAAAUUAUGGCUACAGUCCAGAGAAACCAAAGAACACCGAACAAAUGAGAAGAGCUCCCACUUCCUCCCCUGAUAACUCUAGCUUUUAUGGUUCAGGACAAGAUUUAGAAGUGAAUCCAGAAUUGGAGGUCCCAUAUGAUGGACAUGACGACACAGUACUCCCACCAAGAAUUACUGCUUACCCAGUCAAUCCAAGAAAAAUCCGGAAUUUGACACUUGUAUAGAGUGUAUAGUUCUUCUCAUGUGACAGGAAGAUCAAGAGAGGAACAUCCAGAGAUGCCCAGAGAGAAAAAAUAAUUGGACCAGUGGAGAGGCAAAAGAGAUAUGAAAUAAUGACAUACCACAGCUGAAUACGUGAAGAUUCCUGUAUUUCAGUAGUGUGCCAAUUCUGAAUGUGCAUUAUACAAAUCUAUGAUACUUGUGUCAAUAUUAAAUGCUUACAACCAAUAGUUCAGAUCUAUCUGACAAUGAGCCAGGAUCUCAGCUACUCAGGAUAUCACAUACUACUGCACAGAUGUAUAUUCUCUAUUUUAUCCAUUUAAAUUAUUUUAAUUUAUGUAUACUGAUUCCUUUUCUCUUUCUUAAAUGCUUACUUUUUAAAAGAAAAAAGAACUAAGAAUGUGAUCCUAAGUAUAUUUACUUGUAAUAAGUUGGACUUACUUCAAAGGAGAAGGGUCUCAGAGUAGAUUCACAGAACCACUUUUUCCUGUUGUACAGUAAUUUAGUCAGUCUCAGAACAGGUGCUCAAUGAAAGUGAGUUGCCCAUUACUCAGUGGGUGUGCACUAUCUUUAUACUACCACCAAAUAAAACAUAAUUUAUGCCUGCA